GUAAACAAAGAGAAACUGUCACAUGAUAUUACGGUCUUUUCAAAAAUCAAUCGACAAUUGGAUUGGAUAUAACGAAAUGGUUUAUUCUAGUACAUAUAAAAUGUUAACCAAUCAAAUAUUUCGUCGUACCAUUUCUCAGACUGUUCAGCGCAAUGCUGUUGCUGGUCCGUCUGCAGUUUCAGGCCAUGAAGGUACAGGAGGCUAUAAAAUAUGGAAGAAACUCUCUUUUUUCGUCGCAUUUCCGGCCGUUGGACUGUGCAUGUUGAACGUUUAUUUAAAGCAUCAAGAAGAACACGGACACGCACGUCCAGAAUUUGUGCCGUAUGAACAUUUGCGUAUUCGCAACAAACGUUUUCCAUGGGGCGAUGGAAAGAAAAGUCUUUUUCAUAAUGCUCAUGUAAACCCCUUGCCAGAUGGUUAUGAAGAAUAGAAAUUUACUAGAAACUGUAGUUCGCAAAUUGAGAGAACGUAAAAUGAAAAGAACGUGAAAUAAAUAAAUCAACACUCCGAGCAAAA